UAGAGAGAGAAGAAAAUGGAGGAGGAAAGAAAUGGUGGAUUAUUUGAGACAAAGGGUGGUGGAAAAGGGUGGAAGGCAUAUAAGGUGUUUGCAACGACGGUGUUAGUGAGCAUCAUCUGGAUAUGGAUUUACAGAGCAACACAGGUGCCGCCGGCAGGCUACCGGAGAUGGGGUUGGAUCGGAAUAUUCGGUGCUGAACUGUGGUUGGGUCUCUAUUGGAUAUUGACUCAGUCGGUUCGGUGGAGUCCCACUUAUCGUCGCACCUUCAAACACCGCCUUUCCCAAAGGUAUGAGGAUGAGUUGCCGGCGGUGGACAUAUUCGUUUGCACGGCGGAUCCCAUAAUUGAGCCACCAAUGAUGGUGAUCAGCACCGUCUUAUCAGUCAUGGCAUAUAACUAUCCGCCGGAAAAGCUCUCCGUUUAUCUUUCCGACGAUGGUGGUUCCGAACUCACCUUCUAUGCUCUCAUUCAGGCCGCCGCCUUCUCCGAGCACUGGUUGCCGUACUGCAGAAAUUAUAAGGUGGAGCCCACAUCUCCGGCUUCCUAUUUCAAAUCGGCAUCUCACCCAUCAGAUUCAAAACACCGUCAAGAUUUCACCGUCGUUAAGAGAUUAUUUGAAGAGAUGAAGAAUCGAAUCGAAAAUGUGACAAAGAACGGAAGAGUUUCCGAAGAAUUACGCUUAGAACACAAAGGAUUUGCGGAAUGGGAUUCGUUUACGUCUUCAAGGGAUCACGAAACUAUUGUCCAAAUUUUACUUGAUCAUAAUCAAGAUACAGAAGGGAUUAGCCUUCCAAAAUUAGUAUAUAUGGCUAGGGAGAAGAGACCACAUCAUUUCCAUAACUUCAAAGCUGGAGCCAUGAAUGCAUUGAUACGAGUGUCGUCGAUGAUAAGCAACGGACCGAUAAUUCUGAAUGUCGACUGCGAUAUGUACUCGAAUAGCCGUGACACAGUGAGAGAUGCGCUUUGCUUCUUCAUGGACGAAAAACAAGGUCACGAGAUCGCUUUCGUGCAGUUCCCGCAGUGUUUUGAUAAUCUUACAAAGAACGAUCUUUACAAUGGCUGUAUGAGAAUAAUCCGUGAGGUCGAUUUCCACGGUCUGGAUGGCCUUGGCGGACCUUUAUACAUCGGAACCGGCUGCUUUCACCGUAGAGAGAUUCUAUUAGGGAAAAGCUUCGAUGAUGGAAGUAGAAUCGAUUGGAAAGCAGAGAACAAUCGCAAAGAAACAACGGAAAACAUGAUCGAGAAAACAAAGAGUCUUGCGAGCUGCACCUACGAAAUCGAUACCGAAUGGGGAAACGAGAUCGGGUUGAAAUACGGUUGUCCAGUCGAAGAUGUGAUAACGGGACUAUCGAUCCACUGCCGAGGCUGGAAAUCGGUGUACUACAAUCCAAAAAGGGAGGCGUUUAUUGGCGUUGCUGCAACCACGGUCGACCAGAUCCUCCUGCAGCAUAAACGGUGGUCGGAGGGCGAUUUACUGAUCUUACUCUCGAAGUAUAGCCCGGCUUGGUACGGGAUUGGAAGGGUGCACCCUGGUCUUUUGAUGGGCUAUAUGAUGUACUGUUUAUGGUCCCCUUCCUCCUUGCCAACACUGUAUUACACCAUCGUCCCUUCGCUUUGUCUUAUGAACGGCGUUUCGCUUUUCCCUCCGGUGUCAAGUGUAUGGUUUCUUCCAUUUGCAUACAUUAUCAUCUCGAUCUCCGCAUUCGAGUACCUUCAAUUUCUCGGGUACGGUGGCACCAUGAGAGGAUGGUGGAAUGACCGAAGAAUCUGGCUCUACAAACGAAUAAGCUCGUACCUCUUUGCAUUACUCGACACCAUCUUGGGAUCCAACUUGUCAUUCGUAAUCAGCUCAAAGGUGACGGAAAAUGACCUUCGCGAGAGAUACGAGAAAGAGAUAAUGGAGUUUGGAGGGUCGUCACCGUUGUCCACAAUGGUGGCCACUGUGUCGGUGAUCAAUCUAGUGUGCUUUCUCGUGUUCAUUACGAAAUUGGUAUCCAUGGAUACCGGAACCCAGAGGGCAUACUACGAGGCCAUGUUAGUGAAUAUCGUACUUUGUGUUGUAUUUUUGGUACUGAACGUACCGUUGUACUUGGCACUUUUUGUUCGCACGGAUAAAGGAAAGGUCCCGAGCGUUGUGACCGUUAAAUCGGUUUCUCUUUCUUUGUUUAUUUGUACCUUGUUCUAUUUUAUGUAGUAGAUUUCGAUUGUAUCAUUUGUAAUGCAUUAAUAUUUGUAUGAUUCUUAUUUCACAAUAAAUUUGGUUGUUGAUUUGCUUA